UCAGCAACACAGAAUUGUUCGGCGAAGGAUCAAAGUAUUUUGUGAAAAAUCUUUCUAACUAAUUACAAUAAUUAGAUUGCAAUAGCAUUAAUCUACUAGCUCCGGACAUCCGUGGCUUCUUGAAACUGCUAUUCUGUUUUUUUAUUUCAUAAUAACUAGAUUUCCGAUGUUAAAACCUCACAAGGAAAGUACAAGUGAAUAAAAGUAACGUGCAAAACCAGAUGCAGUAUUCUCCCAGCCAUCAUACAAAAAUAUCGAUAAAUGGCUAAGUUAAAUUUCAAAGAUAACUAGGAGGUUUAAUUAAAAGGAUAUACAGUCUGCAACCGUGCAACCAAACCCAACCAGGCACCAGAAAAUAUUAUUUCCGCAGUAAUUGGCAUUCAAAGACUGACUAGCCCUGGAUCAUUUAUGCUCCCUGCUGCAAUUUUUUGCUAUACUAUUAUUAUAAACUAUUUAAAUGAUAUAUUCUCAAGGAAGAUAGAUUUUUUUUCCAUGAAAGAGAGAUUAAAACUACACAGAUCAACACAUAUUUUAUCCACGAGCUCAAACUGGAAAAAAAAUUAAGAAUACUAGUAUAAUUGCUGUUUAACCAUUCCAUUAAUCAUUUCUGGUGCCUCUAGCAUAGAUAGAAAUGCCCCACAACCACAAGCAAUUACUCUGCGACUUUUUGGUGCACUUCCGCUUUUGUCGAACAGUGUUAUUAAUUUCCACAUUUACUUGUGUUAAUAUUUCAGUUUAACAAAUAGCGAUUGGUUCGGUUUGAUUGCAUUCUGCGUGACCAUAUGUAAGCGUAGAAACAGUGUACUCUCGUUGUUUUGGUUAGAUUUUCACAGCGACACGCAGUGGCUAUAUCGCCUACAAUCUGUGUAGUGCAUACAAAAAUCGAGUUUGUUAAUUUGUUUGGAAAGUGAGAUUCUUAACAUUACAUUAUAACACGUAUUUGGCACAUUAGUUUUAUACUUUACGCUCCGUUUUAUUAGUAUCUGCACUAUGCAGCGACAGCGAUAAAUCCUCCACUGUUAGUUCUUCGUUAUUUUGAUUUGUUAAGAUAGCGAGCGUUUCUGCAAGAUGAAGAACAGAACAGUUUGAUUUUAUCGACCUAAAAGUAUAUAAUAUUCUUUACGCGUGUCAUCUUUGAUUGAAAGUGUAUUCUCUGUUCGAUUGGGCAUUUGUCCAGUUGUAGUAGGUAAAACUUCGUGGGUCUGAUUUUCAGGCGAUUCCAAAUAUUUACCACCUGCAUUUAUAGUUUCUUCAAUUCUAUCGCGUACGGGGCUAUUUCGUCCUAGUGGAUUAUUGUAUGCAGUUGUAUUCAUCCAAGCUAGAUAUACAGCUGGUGCAGUCUUUGGUCUUUUAUCACGCAAGCUAAACCUUGACUUCUGCAAUGUUGUUAUCUUAGGUAGUUUUACAUCAACAAUAUACCUUGUAUACCUUUCGCCGUACUCCAGUGCAUGGACGGUGACUUUCAAAAAGCUUGUGACUUUCUUCGAUCAUCAGUCGGUGAAAAUUGAUUCGGUUGAUUAAAAAUUGUUUAUUGAUUUGUAUAGUUCUCACUAUCCAGUUAAUUCCGCGUAAAAGACCAUCGUAUUCGUUACUCGAAACAUCCCAAUUACCACAAGGUUCUACCAUGCAAGGAUUUCGAUAUUUAUUAGCUAGGAAUUCUACAUCCAAAUAUUCACAAAUAUCUACACAGUCUGUGGAACCGGGUAAAUCCUGUUUGUUUGCAAUUAUUAGAAAAGGUUUACCAAUUAGGAAAUCAUGUGCCAUUAAAUUGUUGAAUACUUUGUACGAUUGGCAGAUGUUAUUGAUGUUGGAUGAGUCAACUACAAAAAUUAUUCCGUGCACCUGAAAUACAAAAGAUUCAACAUGUUUAAUCAAUCGAUUUGAUAAUUAUACUGUUAGUACUAACAUCCAGGAAAUAAUAUUUCCAAAUAUCUACAAAUUCUGGCGCACCGCCGAUCUCCUUUAUCUGCACGCUACUGUGUUCUGAAAACAAACAACUAUUAACAUCAAACUGCUAAUACUACAAUCUGACAAAAUCAAUUGAAUUAUUGCGUCUGUAACUCCCAACACUGUCCUGUUAAGUAACAGUGGUGGUGGAUAAUAAAAAAAUCUUACCUAUACUGGUGUUAAAUAUUCUGCAUCCUUUUGUUUGAAGAUAAUCAUUUCUAACGAGAUGGCAUAUUUUGUGUGCGAUUUCUGUUUUACCAGUAUAUUGUAAACCCACAAUAAGCAAUAGUAGAACGUCUCUAUGGAUGAAAAAAAAUUAUCUCUUUCGUUGAAAAAUAUGAAGUUCAUACUCUUCUGACUGUUUACGUGAUAAACAACCCUUGCAGAAGUUUCCCAUGUUAUUCACCAGAAACUAGGCUUUUCACAACCUGAGAUUCACAACCACCCUGGCUGCAUAGUUGGCGAUUGGCACUCGAAAAACACUACAGAUAAUUUUUCGCAAGUUUUACAAACAAAUUUAUUUAUCUUGUGCUAUUUGAUUUGUUUGAAAAAUUUAUAUGCACCGUUGUCAACGUGUUGCCAUGGAAAUUGGUGUGGAUCACUAUCAUUGCGUAGAAGCAACCGUCAGCAGAAUCAAGAAUGAAAAUACAAACAUAUUCAGAGUAGCCGAGAGACUCGCCGUUGCUGCCAAAAGUGAAGUUAAAACAAUAAGUUUUCAAUAAGAAACUGGUUUUUUGUUUGCGUGUGGAAGAAAUGACAAUGUUGUUAAUACCCCAGUAUAUGAGCCGUUGCGGAACAGAGUGGUCUAAAGACCAUUUUUUUUCAAAAAUGAGUUUUUUACAUAAACUGUAUCUACUCAAGAAGCUGAAGUUAUGAUACUAGAAAAAUUUCGAAAAAUCGAACUUCAAAGCUGAUUUAUACCAUGUUGAUAUUUCGUCCGAAACAGAAUUGCCAUUCACUUGCCCUGUAGCAUGUUACACGUAAUGUAACACGAAAAAUGUAACACGUCAAAUAUCAUGUAAUAUGUAACAUGUUGUGUUACAUGUAAUGUUACACGUCACAUGUUACAUGUGACAUGCCAUGUACAUCAUAUGUACAUGAGACACUAACCAUUUUAUACAAGUUAACGUUAUUUUUAUUUAUGUUCAUGUACAUAGACCACUCUGUUCCGAAACGAUGUGAGGAUUCCAGUAAAAUAUAUAUGAAGUCAGAGUGGUCUAUGUACAUUGGUAUGGUAAAAUCAGGCUUCUGAAUACUCCUCUUCGUUGGAAUGUGUAGAUGUAAAAUAUUGCUCUUGAUACCAGUAGGCAGUAAACACGUGUUGCAUAUGCAUGCAACUCAUAGUUUUGCUUAAUUUGAUACAGUUCUUCAGAAAAACUAAUCAAAGGUAGCUAUUUUCACAACCACGAACUUUUAUAAACGCAAUGCAAAAAAGAGCACGAUAACUUACACAUCUCCGAUUGAGUGAGCACAGAUUUUAGCUGCUCAGUUCUCGACGGAGUAAAAAUUUGAAAUCUAAUUGUGAUUCCGAACGAAUCCUUUACAGAAUGAAUUGCUCUCGGGUGUUGUAGGAUCUCAUUUGCUUUGCCUAAAUAAUGCAGUUGGCAUAGCUUGGCUACUAGUAAAGAUUGAUAUUAUAGCGUUUCGCGUUGACGGUGUUAAAAGAGAUUUUAUAGGCUGUUCGCAUCUAUGCGAACUUACAUAUGUAGUUAUCAAAAUGUACGUGAUAAGCAAAAAUAUUUCUUUCUUUCUUGUUCGCUUGGCAAAACUAAACAUAUAUGUAUCAGAAACGUCGUCAACGCGAAAUUACAAAACCAGAUUACAUUGCAUCAUGGUUAGCACAGUAGCUGGCAGAGCAAAAAAUGACACUACACACUAGUGAGCAGAGCCUAUCGAGCCGAUCAGCACAAAUUCUUAUCAGAUGUUACUCUGAUCGAUUCUUCCUACCUCCGUUCAGAAAGAGCAUAUAUAUAAUAGCGAACCAAGUAUUAAUACUGCGAAACAGCACAGUAGGACAUUGAGCACCAAACAGUUUUUCCCAACGAACGAUUGCGAUAAUUUCAUCAGCUAACUUGAUCGCUGAUAAAAAACUUGAUCGCUGAUGAUAAAAGAGUUGGUGUAUUCGAAAGCCUGGGUAAAAUCACUUAUUUCGCCAAAAAAAAAUGGUAAUUUCAUGUAUUCACCACUUCAUAACCUUUAUAUUAUAACAUUCUGUUUGAAAGAAUCCGUUAAACUGAAUUUUAUUUAGAGUUUUUUCGAAAAUUGCCUCUCCUGACAAAUUUGCUCGAUGACACAUAGACCACUCUGUUCCGCAGCGACUCAUAUUACUAUGCCGUCUGCUUUACUGACGACAUCAUCUUGUUCUUUUUAACAGUACACACUCGAUCUCAGUCACUGGAAACGAUGUAAAAUAAUGUCGGAGCAAAAUCAUGGCCAAUUUCUCAUGCUUGUUGUAGAAGAUUAUGCAAGUGGCUUGAAGGGUAAAUGUAUGCUGGAACCUCCUUGGAUUUCGUUGCAUAUUCAGGAAGGUAACACGGUAUCAUUGUAUGGAGUUUACGAUUCCAACUACAAUUCGUAUAGGAUCAAUAGCCAGGAUGGAAUGUUUGUAACAGACCCGGAUCAUCUGGUUUCCGGUACGUCUGUUGUAGGAGCGUUGUAUUGUCAGCGACGCGGUGUAUUACAAGAACGUUUUCGUGGUAUAGAAGCAGAUAAUACAAUUAUGACAGUUGGAACAAUUGUUCACGCGCUUCUACAAAAAGCACUAAGGAAUAACUUGUCUACACUCAAUGACGUAACUAAAAUGGGACAGGAGUACAUCAAUUCAAAAGAAAUGGUCACUACGCUAUACGCAUGUAAGAUGAGCAGAGCUGAAGCUGCAAAUGAAAUCGAAAUAUUUUAUCCUAAGAUUUACGAGUUUAUCAAAAAUCAUAUCAGUUAUCAGCGAUCAAGUACAAAAUCAGAUUUACAAAUCUAUGCUAUAAAAGACAUUGAAGAAAACAUCUGGUGCCAUCAAUUGGGAUUGAAAGGAAAAAUUGACGUCACUGUCGAGGCUAGUUGUGGUCCGAACGAAAAGCAUCAGAUAAUGCCACUAGAAUUAAAAACAGGCCGAGCUAGUUUUUCCGCAGAGCAUAAAGGUCAGAUUGUUUUGUAUGAGAUGAUGAUGAAUCUUGUAGGGCAUAAGGUAGAGAAGGGUAUUCUACUAUAUCUUCGCGAAGGAAAAUGUGCACCUCUUUCAAGUAACCGAAAUAUUAGACGUGAUCUUAUCAUGUUACGCAAUGAAGUGGCACAUUACUUAUCUCGUAGUUUCACCAAUACGGAAAGUGAAAGUUUUGAUCUUCUCAAGGAUACUAUGCAACUACCGGAGCCACUUAAUAACCAGCACGUUUGUACGCGCUGUCCGUACAAUGUAAUAUGCACCAGCUUUUUGAAACACGAAAAAAAGGAGUUGCCCAAGAAUCACAGCAUUAGUCUAAUUGCUGACGAGUCAUUAAGACACCUGAGCAAUGAUCACAUUGAUUAUUUCAUUCGAUGGACUGGUCUAAUCUUUUUGGAGCAUGAAGAAGCAAAAAGAAGUUUCCACAUAGACCAUCUCUGGACCAAAAGCCCCGAAAUUCGUCAAAAGAUGGGUCGUGCUGUCCACAAUUUGAAAUUAGUGGGUCGUGUUUUCAGAACAGGUGACGAAUGCUUUCAUACUUUCGCUUUAAACUCUAAUCAAAUCGAUUCGAUGGGCGGCUCUCAACUUCCGAUCUUCGAUUAUUUAUCUCAAUGCUUCGAGAUCAAUGAUUAUCUUAUCUGUAGCACAUCCACAAGGAUAGCAAUCGCAGCGGGACGAGUCGUUGGUGUUGGAAAACGGGAAAUUACAAUGUCCUUAGAACGAGAUCUUAGCCAAAACUAUUCAGAUGAGUUAUUUCAUCUCGAUAAGUACGAGUCGCAAACAAACAUUACGUUUAAUUUAACCAAUAUAGGUGUAUUACUGGAUAACACAGAAAGAUCGUCUAGCCUUAGAAAAAUUAUAAUCGAUCGAGAGAGGCCUUCCUUUACGCGAACCGUACCAGCUACAGUUGCUGAGGCAGCAAAAAAAGUUUUACGCGAUCUCAACAAACAUCAGAAAAUCGCAGUGUUGACGGCAAUCGGAACUAAAAGCUACUGUCUCUUCAAAGGUCUCCCAGGUACCGGGAAAACUAAAACUGUCGUUGCUCUCAUUCGCCUGCUUAUAGCUUUGAAUAAAAGCGUACUAAUCACCAGCAAUACACAUUCCGCUGUUGAUAAUGUGUUGAAACGACUAUUGCCGCACAAACUCAAAUUUAUGAGGCUUGGAGCAACGUCAAGAAUUGAUCCGUGCAUAAAAGAAUUUUCAGAGCCAGCGUUGACAGAGCAGUGUUCUACUCCAGAAGAACUCGCUGCUGUUUAUAACUCAUUUAAAAUAGUUGCUGUAACGUGCUUGGGUGCAGCUCAUUCGUUACUAGUGCGAAGAACCUUCGAUUUCUGUAUUAUUGAUGAAGCGACGCAAGUAUUUCAAAGUGCAGUUAUAAGACCGCUGUUAUCAUCCGACAAAUUCGUAUUGAUUGGAGAUCCCGAUCAAUUGCCACCGGUGGUAAAAUCUCGUAAAGCCAAGGAUCUUGGGGCCGACGAGAGCCUUUUCUUACGGUUGGACAAUGAACAAUCGUGCUGCGUGCUUCCAACCCAGUAUCGCAUGAAUAAAACUAUUACCAAACUGGCUAAUGAUUUUUCAUACAAGGGAAAGCUGUUGUGUGCAAAUGAAACAGUAGCAAACGCCACAAUAAAGUUACCUGAAAUUCAAAUAAUGCAUCAAAAACACAAAUUGGAAAAAUGGCUUCUACGAGCAACCGCAUCCCAGUUGGAGUUAUCGGUCGUUUCGAUAAACACGUUAAAUACGUAUAACAGCAGCGUGGCCUAUGAUGCAGGCCGGAAGCGAGAAUAUUCUUACUCGACGCAAAACACAGAAGGUGAAACAACUCAACCGAAGACAAUCUAUGAAAACUAUUGUGAAGCUGCAAUUAUUUUCUAUAUCAUUAUGAUAUUACUCGAGUGUGGGAUCGAGAGCAGUUCUAUUGGCAUUAUUGCUCCAUUCAGAGCUCAGGUUGAACUUUUGAAAUUUUAUCUGCAAUUAAUGGAGAAGCUGUACGCCAACCAAAAGGCUGCACCAGGUGUUAAAUACAGCUUAGACAUUGAAGUUAAUACUGUAGAUCAAUACCAAGGAAAAGAUAAAGAUAUAAUACUAUAUUCAUGCACGAAAUCGAACAACCCCGAGCUACCCACACCCAGCGAAGGAACCACUCCAAACGAAUAUGAAAUACUCCAAGACAGCCGACGGCUCACGGUGGCAAUAACACGCGCCAAGAAAAAACUCAUCAUUAUCGGAGACAAUAAAAGUCUUGAAAAGUACACUCCAUUUAAAAAUCUUUUCCAAAGCAUUGCUCCUGCAGGUAAAAUUACUCUGCAAGACAGACUACACGGAUUUGAAUGGAGCGGAGUUUUUAAUACGUUAGACGCUUUACACGACUGCGAAACUUAAUAAAUGUUAACACCGUUAAGUUUUAA